GAUUCCAAUACAGGUAGAAAAAUGGCCGACAACGAAGAUGGAUUAAUUGAUAUAGUAUUUAGAGUAGGGGGUGCUUUUGUUACUAAACAAGUGUCAAAAUCAAAGCAUUUGCUUUGUUGGUGUGGUGGGUUAUGUUAUUGGAGGAGGGAUGUGGUAGUGGAUAAGAUAGAUUUGCAUUAUUUGAGGGUAGCUGCUGUGCAUGGGUUUGUGAACUUUAAUGUCCAUGUCCCACCUAACUACAGACUUUGGUAUAAAGAAAGAGGUAGGACCUUUAACACAGGGAGAAGGGAGUUAGUAAAUGAAGAGGAAGUGAAGGGGCUGUUGGAGACAGUGAAUGGGGAAGGGUAUGUUGAAGUAUUUGUGACUGCUAAUGAAACAUUAAGGCCCAUACAUGAGAUCCAGGCCCAGUCCACUCCAGUAAAGGCUGAGAGAAAGGGGAAGAAAAGUUCAGGUAAGCCUGCUGUAGUUAGGAAGAGCCCAAGAAUUAACAAAAAUGAGCCUAAGGUGAGGGAGGGUGAAGAAUCUCCUAAACCUAGAUCUAGACAGGGGAUAGAAAGGGUUGAAGGGGUUUCUGCUGAGAUUAAGGGGGUUCCUGGUAAAGGGAAGUUGUUGAGUAAGGGGAAACAAAAGGGUAAAGCUAAGCUUGAAAGGGGUUCUGGCAGUGUGAAGGUGUUGGAUAAGGGAAAGGGAAAAAAAAAAUCUGUAGGCAAAGGAUUGAUUUUUGAGGAUAGUAGUGAGGGCAGUGAGACUGGGAGGGAAGAUGAUUUUUCUUCAAGUGAUGGGAGUGAGAUUGACAUAACUUGGGAGCAUGGAGAGGAGGAGUAUGACAGUGGGGAUGAGAGGUGGUUUGUGCAGAAUUCUGAAGAAAUUUUAGCUAAGGUAACAAGAAGUCUUGGGAAGCAGUUUGACGUACAUGAUGAGGGGGUUUCCAAGGAUCCAAAGGCAAGGUUGACAGAUAACUUGGAUGUGAAUGAGGUACAACUACAAGAAGAAAUUGAGGGAGAAUCUGAUGACCUAAGGAGCUUGGAUGGUUCAUCUGAUGAAGAGGACAAAAGUCCAUGGUUUAAUGACAAAUCUGACUUCUCAAAGCCUGUUGUACUUGUUCAUAGGCUUAGGUUUAGCAAUGCUACAGUGUUGAGGAAAGCUUUAAGAGUGCAUGCCAUACAGAAUAGGUAUGAGUACUAUUUUUUACACAAUGAUAGUACUAGGAUUACUAUUCAGUGUAGGAAUAGGUGUGGGUGCAAGUUUGACACAAAGACAAGUAGGAUGCCUUUGUGUAUAUGCAGGGGUGGAGUGAAGUGUAGUUUCAAGAUCCAUGCUACUAAGUUAAAAAGACAACAGACUUGGCAAAUAAAAACCAUGAAGUUGGAGCAUAAAUGUGUGAGAAGCAGGGAGAACAAGAAGGUCACAGCAGAGUUCAUUGCUGAGAGGUAUCUUGAGGAUUUCAGAACUAACCCAUCAUGGAAGGUUAAGCAAAUCAAGGAUAGGGUGCUUCAUGACUUGGGGGUAGAAGUGACCUACUACAGGGCUUGGAUGGCAAGAUGUAGAGCUAAGUUGAUCAUUUUUGGUUCAGCAAGAGAGCAAUAUGCUAGGGUAUGGGAUUAUGGGAAGGCUGUAAUGAAAUACAACCCUGGGUCUGGUUGUAAUGUUGUGAUUGAUGGCAUUGAAAAGCCUGAGCCUCCCUUGUUUAUGAGGAUGUUUAUUUGUUUAAGGCCUUUGAAGCAUGGGUUCUUGAAGGGUUGUAGGCCAAUUAUAGGGGUGGAUGGCUGCCACUUGAAAGGAGGUUAUCCAGGCCAGAUUUUAGUUGCAGUCUCCAAGGAUGGGAACAACAACAUUUACCCCAUUGCUUGGGCAACUUGUGAGGUUGAAAACAGGGAGACUUGGGUCUGGUUUCUGGAAUCCUUGAUGCAAUGCAUUGGAAGUGCAGAUGGGGCAGGCUUCACCUUCAUGUCAGACAGGCAGAAGGGACUGGUUGAAGCUCUGUCUGAAGUUGUGCCUAAUGCAGAGACUAGGUUCUGUGUUAGGCACAUUUAG